AUGAGACAUAGGACAUAUGUCCUUUCUCUGUCAUUAUGAUGUUUUGCCCCCCCACAAGCAUUAAAAGGGCAUAUAAUUUCUUGCAGUUCCUAUUGGAGUUGUGGCUUCUUUCAACAAAAUGAAGAAGCUUACAAGAGACACAUCCUUGAUAGUGUCUGCACUCAGGCAAUCUUCUCUUCUUGUUGUUAGUAACAGUGGGAAGAAGGUGAAACGACUUCAACCUCUUCCAUCAACUGAGGCCAAGGACCCAAUGCUUUGCACUGUUUUGGUGGAAAAUUUACCUGAUGAUCACUCUGUGGAGAAUCUUCAGAUGGUAUUUGGUGUAGCUGGAAAUAUAAAGCACAUCACACUUCGUGAUCCGCAUGCUGCAAGGGAGUCCAGAAAAGUAACAACUGCAGAGAAGCUGCUUAGUGGUAAGUUGCAUGCUCUUGUGGAGUACGACACAGUGGAGGCUGCAGAAAAAGCUGUGGCUCAUUUAAAUAAUGAGCAGGAUUGGCGAUAUGGCCUGCGGGUCAAACUUUUAAAGAAAAAGACCAAAGAAGUCGGGAAAAAAGUAUGGAGGGAAGUCGAUGCUGAGAAGAACAUUGUCCAAGCAUCUAAUACAGCUGUAGAAGAGGAAAACAAUGAUUCAAGUGAUCACCAUGAUGAUUCUCAUGAUGAAGAGGAGGGGGAUCACUUAACAAAGGAUAAAAGUGGGGAACACCCACGAAAGGAAAAAAAUGGGGACCAUCUGCACAAAGAGAAUAAUGGUCAAAGGAAUCGACAUCGAGGGCGUGGAAGGAGACAGAAAUAUCAUGGCACAAAUGGACAUGGCCAUGGAACACCACCUUCAAGUCAUGUUGAGCCCUCGAAGCCACCACCAGGCCCGAAAAUGCCGGAUGGUACCAGAGGAUUUACCAUGGGGCGAGGCCGACCUCUGGUGUCAAAUGCAAUCUAAUCGGCAUUCUUUUAUCCUUGUUUGUUGGUUGUAAUCCUUGUAUGAUAGCAUUGAUCCUUCCUUGUGCAACGCUUAGUGUUUUUUGGUUGAUUUGCCCGUGUAUCUGUAAUGGUUCACUGCCGUGCCUGGUGGUGGUGCAAAGUAAAAGAUUUGGAAAGAACUGCAGUCUAUUAAUGGACUGUAUUGGAAGGAACUUUGUGCAUGCUUUGAUAAUUGCAAUUGCAACGUGGUUGAUCUUUUCAGUGAA